AUGGACGACGAAUAUGGAGACAUACAAGGCUUCCACGACAUCCUGGUGUCCAGUGAAGCGGUAGAGAAGGCAGCCUCAGCACCAGCGAAGAAACGGCCAGAGCCAGCACCAAGAGUCCAACAGCCCAAGCCGCAGGCCCUGCCGGCACGUCGAGGGCCUUCAUCCAUCCUUGUGUCGCCAAGGCAGAAGGGAAACCCGAUAUUGCACCAUAUACGACUGACACCGUGGGAGUAUGCAGAUAUACCCGCCGACUAUCUGGUCGGAACAACUAGCUGCGCACUCUUCCUGUCGUUGAAAUACCACCGGCUGCAUCCAGAAUACAUCUACACUCGAAUAAAAGCUCUAGGAGGAAAGUUCAGGCUGCGAAUACUUCUCACCAUGGUUGACAUCCCAAACCACGAGGAUAGCUUGAAGGAGCUGUCGAAGACAUGCCUGGUCAACAACCUGACCAUUAUCCUGUGCUGGUCUGCACCAGAAGCGGCACACUACCUGGAAUUGUUCAAAUCAAGUGAGCACGCACAGCCAACUGCAAUCAAGUCUAAACAGGCACAGUCUUACAAAGAUAGCCUGGUGGAGUUUGUCACUGCUCCUCGAAGCAUCAACAAGUCAGAUGCGGCCAGCCUGAUGUCUACAUUUGGGACAUUGCGAGACGCGGUUAAUGCACCGCCAGAGCAGAUCAGUGCCGUUCCCGGAUGGGGCGAGAGGAAGGUCAAGCAAUGGACAAACGCCGUGCAGGAAGACUUUAGGACCGAGAAGGUCCCUGUCCCUCUUGCAAAAUUGUGUGACGGAAAGCAACCUCAGCCUGACCAGGGAGAAGCUGAUGGAGAUGAAGAUGAGGCGGCGCUGGAGGCCAUGAAAGAAGCAGAGGGCCAGAAGGAAUCAUCGGAUGGAGUCACACGUGACGUCAGUGGAUCCUCCCCACCUUUUUCCACGUUUGGAACUUUCGAUCUUCGAUCAUUUCGAAGUUCGUGA